AUGAGCCACGGCGGCACAUCCGUUCCCGAGCAGCCUCUGGAACCCAACGUCCCCGUUGCCGAGCCUCCGCCCGACGGCGGCUACGGCUGGGUCAUUGUCGGCUCAUGUUGUGGCUUGGCAUGGAGCCUGCGCGUCACGGGGCUGGUUACGAUGGCGGCGAAUGGCGCGGCCACGCUACUUUUGGGCUUUGACGUCGGGCUGCUGAGGCGCAGGGAGGUGGUGCUGCUGCUGCUGUGGGCGUUUGUCAGCAUGUUCUGGUACAUUGUCCUGCUGUUUUCGCUGUCCGACUAUGCGCUGCAGGUCGGCUUGCCGAGCAGCCAGGCAACUGAUGUUGUGGGCCUCUUGAACAUCCGCACGGCGGUGGGCCGGCCGGUUAUCGGCAUCGUCAGCGACCGCUGGUCGAGGACCGUGACGGCUGUGAUAUGCUUUGCGCUGUGGAUUCCGGCCAACUCGUUCGGUCUGGCGGUUGCCUUUGCUGUUCUCCGUGGAGCAAUCCUCGGCAUUUUCUGGAUGACUAUCGGCCCUCUCUGCGUCGAGGUCGCCGGCCUCAGAAACCUCCAGUCGCUGCUGUCUCUGUCUUGGGCUGCUGUUGUUGUCCCCACAACUUUGGCCGAGGUGAUGGGGCUGCGACUGCGCGAGAUACCCGCCCCGCGGCCGUACCUCUAUGCUCGGAUAUUCGCUGGCCUCGCGUACAUGAUUGCUAGUAUCUUCAUGUUCGCACUAUGGCGUGUGAUACAGCGACGUGAGACACCUGCUUGGCUGUGA